GCCGGUGGAACUGACCGUUUUGCUUAGGUCAAUCACAAAGUAAUACUUAUCUAUGGCCAGAUCGGCGAUGCUCGAAGUGCACCGGUGGACGGCAUGGUGAUUAUAAACCUUUUGAACGACUCAUUCCCUCCCACCACCUGGCCCGUUCGCGGUUCUCACUUCAAGGCUCUGUUGCACCUGGCUCCCGGUCCAAACAAAGUUCGACUGGAUUUCUUUUCUCAAAAGGUUCCCAAUGCAACCGCACAUCAAUCCACAAUCAGUGUGAACUAUCUGCCUAUGAUCAACUGCCCACCUCUGCACCUUGUGAUCCUUCUCGGCAAAGAUUCCAAUGGCCAAUUUGAUACCCCUUCCGAAAAGGCACUGAAGGGAGAGGAUAGCCUUGAUGUCGCUAUUCGCAAGUUCCGCAUGGCUGCGUAUCUUUGGCAGGCUUUCACCCAGGAACAGAUGUUCCGAAACAACUUUGCCAGACGUUCGUUCAGGUUUGAAGAGGAGUGGCAAACUGGAACGCUCAGCUCGAGAGAUGCAGCCUCCAAUCAGAUGAGAAAUGAAGCCAAAAUUCAUCUCGUUCGAUGUGACAAGACUGUGGAUGAACUGAGAAAGCUUGGUGCUGAGCAGCGUCCUGACACCCCACCGAGCGAAAAUGAACUCUUUAAGGUUGCAAAGGAAGCGAUCAGCCAGUAUUUUAUGCGAAAACGUGACCAGAAAUUCUAUGUGACAGCUCUGAUCCUUGAUAGCCACUGGAAUAGCGAUAUCAGAUCUGUUGCCGGUCACGCAGCGGUUGGGUUUGCUGAUGACGAUAUUAGCCUAGCUAUUUUUGGCUCUCAUGGCCUGCACAGUUAUCCGUCCUGCAUAGAAGAGGUAGUUCCAGCGUUUACGGACUGUACUCGAACCAAUACUAACCUGCUUGCUAACCCAAACAACGAAUGUGGCAGCUAUUGGGAGAUGGCGAGUGCGAAUAUCGGCGCUCAUCUUCGUGAAAUAGGCCGUCUGUUCGGUUGCGAUGGACGAGAAAGUGGGAUAAUGAGUCGGGAUUAUCUGCGAUUCAAUAGAUCGUUUACGAGCUGGGAGCCAUUUUGUACCAGAACCAAAGAACAGGGUUUACGCCUCUGUUUAGCCCAAGAUGAAACCAAUUGGCACCGCCUUGACGCUUUGCGUUUCCGCCUGCACCCUUGCUUUCGCCAUCCAAGUGACCCUCCAGCAUGCCCGAAUCGCUCCCUCCAUGUCUGGCCAGUCGAUGCUGGCAAAAUUGUGCUGACAUCCAUGGCCGGCAUUGCCUUUAUUGAAAUUUUUGCCGAUGGAGACGAGAUUUGCACCGCAUAUUUUGAUUAUAUGAACGGCGAUUUGGGGAAUAGCAACGGGAUGCCAAAGCAAAUCACUAUCACGGAGGAUGGUAUUCGUGCUCGGCUCCCUGAUAACCGGAGAAAAGCGACGAGACUGAAACUUGUAAUCUUUUCUAGCUCUCUCCACAGCCACAUCGUGGAGGACCUUUCUCGGCUCAAAUCCAAAGAUUCACUGGUCAAGCUGUCUAAUAACCAAGUCGGUUAUAGGAGCAACAUGUUAGGCACCCACUCAUUUCCCGGGAGCGUGUCUGAGGAUCUGAUUCUAGAUUUUGCUGUCAUUCAAACAAAGCUACUUACUUCGCUUAAGGUCUACCACGACCCAUUUUCUAUUAGCGGCAUCGAGUUCUGUUAUGAAGAUGCUACAACUCAGUUUUUUGGUAAUCGAGACCCUCAAUCUACGAAUACCAGCGAAUAUGUACUUGAUACCCGGAAAGGCGAGCUUUUGACCGGAUUCUAUGUUCGAGCAACGCAGAAGGUUGAAGGAAUUGGAGUAAUCACGAAUAUGGGAAAAAUAAACGGCGUUUGCGGUAAUGCAACAGCGGGAAUUGGGCACACUUUGAUUGCACCACGUGGGUAUAAAAUUGCGGGCGUUUCAGGGACGUUUUCUGAAAGCAUCGACACCUUCUCUUUAAUCAUUAGUCGAUAAGGGUGAAUUUUUCUAUGCCGAUGUUGUCCAGACUUUGUAUGGAGAGUCCAUCAUUCUAACCUCGAUCCAAAAGGUGCAUAAGCUCCGUCGACGGCUCUUGAGUGAUUCGGUUCCUCAUAAUCUCCUUCGGUCGCACCGCGUUGGGGGCUCUUUUGGUUUCUCUAUUAUGCGGUGUACGAUAAUCCCAGUUGCAUGGGUUGAAGCAAUUUUCUCAUUGGCGAUGACUCACGACAGUCCACUCACUUGUUUCUUUGCUCUUGUGAGAUCCGAUAGCAUGGGACGGUUUGUUGUUUUGAAAACGGGCGGCAUUGUGUUGUGUGUUUCAUUUUAACGGCUCCUCAUAUCCGAUCGGGUCCAGUCCUUGCGAUGCCAUCGACUAAAAAGGAAGAACGAAAAAAAGAAAAAAAAUUCUUUGGGACAAUAUAGAUAUGCGGUUUCUCAUUAUGCAAGCAUCGCGGGCCUUUGGCGGGAUGAUCUGACUACUAUUCUUGCACACCCAUUCGUGCAAAACUAAUUAAUA